AUGAUGCGAGGGAGGCGGGCGGCCGUGGUCGCCUACGGCGAGGUGGUGUUCAGAGCCUGGAAGGACGCAGGGUGGGUCAGAGGGGAGAUCGGGGAUGGGUUUCUGCAGGGGAUGGUUGAGGCAGCAGUACAUGCCGCUGACAAGGAGGUGGCCAGGGCUGCCAGGAGGAUACUGUGGGCUUUCGUCGAGCAGAAGGCGGUGGCUGGAGUUGAAAAGUUGGUCUUCAGGCUGUCCGAGCCUGUGCUGUUCCGGUCAUUGCAGGUUGCGAACUCUAAUGUUCGCCAUAAUGCUUUACAUCUUCUACUGGAUUUAUUUCCCCUCGAAGACCCAGAUGUGACAAAGGAUGUCAAUGAUCCUCUGUUAGAGAAGCAGUUCUUCCUGCUAGACAAACUUCUCAUAGAUGACUGCCUAGAAAUACGGGCAGUCGCAGUUGAAGGAAUUUGCCGUAUUCUUAACCAGUUUUGGGAAGUUAUUCCAUCGCCAACCAUUUCAAAAAAUUUGAGUAAAAUUGUUGAUGACAUGUCCAAAGAUUCUUGCAAUGAAGUUCGUCUAUCAACACUGAAUGGCCUGAUAUACUUGCUUGACAAUCCACAAAGUCAUGACAUACUGAAAGUGCUACUUCCAAGAUUAAGCGAUAUGGUUUCUGAUCCUGCUUUAUCUGUCAGAGCUGCUGCUGUAGAUCUCCUGUUAACUAUUCGUGAUCUUCGAUCUUUCCAAUACAAUAAGGUUGUUGGUUUGGGUACUCUAUUGUCUUCACUUGCAGAUGAUCAUCCCCGUGUUGCUAAAAAAAUCACGAAGCUUCUCAUUCCUUCUUACUUUCCAUCUAAGUUGCCUUUAAAAGAAGCAUGUGAUCGCUGCAUUGCACUCAUAAAGAGAUCGCCAGCAGCUGGGGCAAGGUUUUGUGAAUUUGCUCUGUCCGAAGGAUCAUCCUCGCAGCGUCUUGUUGGGCUUAUUAAAGUCUUUAUUAGUCGGGCAUUGUCACCAUCAGGAUUGAAUUCAGAGCAGACUGAUGGUCUUGUUAUUGCUUCCGCCAAACUAAUAAAAAGCUUAUCUGACGAGGGCUCUAAUUUGGUUGCUUUGAGAGAGUGCUUUGCAAAUGCUAAACUGAAGCUGCUCUUUAAAACUGCAGUUUCUGAUGGUGCCCAGGCUGCUCUUCUCAGCAUGGUGCCAGUGGUAUCACCUGAUGAUCUAUGUGUGUUACAUAUCGAAUGCAUGAAUAUAGUUGUGAAUGCUGCGGUGACUUCCAAGCAGGAAGAAUGUCAAGAAGCAUUGUUGGCAGCGCAUAAGUUGGUACAUUUGAGUGGCCGUUCUGAUGAAAUGUUUGAAGAAUUGACUAAUAUUUUGCAAUCUAAAGCCUCUUAUUUUUCUGGGAUUUAUGGACUCGAACCUCCAUCGUGCCCUGUUGCAUCUACAAAGAGGAAGAAAGGGAAGUCGCUUAAGAAAACGCCAGCAAGGUCUGACGAUGUGGUUGGAAAUAGGUCAUCCACACCAGUAAUCCUGAAUAAUGAAGAACUUGCUGCUGUAGGGGGAGCAGCAUGGCAGCUUAAUGAAAUACUAAAAGCUGAGGAGAUGAGAGCUGCUUUUGUGCAAUCUUAUGCAGAAAUUGCAUUUUCUUCUCUGAAGGUCAUUUCUCAAGUGUACAUUGAGCAGUGCCUACAUUUUGAAUCUCUAGACCUCAGUCCAGUGUUGGCUUAUUUGAGUUUGGCUACAUAUAGUGCUCUUCAGGAUGUUGAUCAAACGGAUAUGAGCUGCUCUGAGUCGACAAUUGUCAACCAGUCACUGGACCAUCUGCUGAGAUGCUAUGAUAGAUUUGUAAAUGGAUCUGUUACUGUUUCCACCAACUCAACUUCAACAUUGAACAAGAAUAAGGAAUCUGCAGAACAUAAACAUCAGCAGCAUGUCACCCCUGAAGCAUCUUGUGCAGGAAAUCCAGUGGAAUGCACAAUAAAUGUGAUUAUGCUUGGUACUUCAAUUCUUAAGUUCAUUGUCGAUACGACAACCAUCAAGCUGGUCAAUGAGAGUAAAGUAAGAUGUGUCGGAUUUGCAUCAUCUUACACAAAAUAUGCAGUGUCAGCCAUGAAAAGGCACAGUGUGGUCUCAUCUUUCAAUGGGGAUGAUCUGAAAGACAUACUGAUCCUUACACGAAGCUCCUUCACUUACGCAGCCAAGCUGCUUCAUUUGGUGCUAGCAAGCUCAACCGAGUCAGCGAGUCCCCCAGAGGAGGCCUUCCUCCUUGCCAAUAAUCUUCUUGAUCUUGUACCUGCUGUAGAAUCCUUUGCAGGCCCGAGAUAUGCUCUCACACUAGUUUCUGCUGUAAAACAGUGGCUGCCAGUCCUGAUAUUGGGUCUUGGAUGCCGCUGGUUGAUUGGGCCAGAAAGUGAGAUGGCUACCAAGAUGUGCAACUUGGGUGACGCUGAAUUACCGUUGUGGGUUGCUGCUCUGGCCAAGAAUGAGCUACUUGAGGCGGAAGAACCUAGGGAGGAUGAUCAGAGUGAGCAGGGCAACGAGCACGAGGAGUCACCGUCAUCCAAAAAGCUAGCAGAAUUGAUGGUGAACCUGCUGAAUAAAGGAAGCCCUAAGAUCCUGGAUUCCUUCGGUGGCAUUUUGCUUUCCAACCUUCAGUUGGCGCUGCAGAGAGCGGAGCACGGCAUUGUCUUAGGCUUGGCACGCUUUGUUUGUGACAAGCUGCUUGCGAGCAGCAGCAGCUCGUCAGCCUCCGAGAACCUGCGGCUCACUCAUGAUUCUCUGCGCAAGAACUUCUUUGAGAUCGACAGGCAUUGCAGGGAGGGCCUUGUCGAUGAUGAAGGUUCAAUGCAGAAGCUGGAGAGCGCAAAAAUAUUGAUACAGUCAGUACUCCCCUAUGAUGCAUGCAGUCAGACUAGCUGA